GCGCGGAGCCGCUGACACGCGAGGGUCUCUGUCGCCUGCCGCCCUCGCUUCUUUUCUCCCUUUCUAGAGUGUUACGGUGACUCUUGGGUCCGAAGGGGACGGACGUCCUCCCACGUACCAUUUAGAAGGUCAGAGUGGGCAGAACCUCGUCUGAGCAGGCCGGUGACGAACCCGCUGGCAAGACGCGCGCGUGGGCACUCACGUGACCUAGGCUGCGGCGGCGGCGUGCUGCGGGCCCUGUGGCGGGAGCGAGGCCGACGGGCGGGGCGAAGCGUUCGAGAGCGCGCGUCCUGGAACGUCUUGGUUGCCACGGCGAGCGCGCGCGCGAGGCCUUGGAAACCUCGGGACCGGCCCCCGGCGAGGGCAGCGGCGACCCGUGUGAGGGAGCUGGAGCUGGCCCGUGCCGCGGCGGCCGCGCGGGGAGCUCUCGAGGCGACGCCGGGGCGCCCGAGGUCUGGAAGGCGCAGAGUCAUCUUAGUGGGAUUUGGGAAAGCAACAGGGCUGUAUGGGGUAACCUGCCACCUUUAAGUGGAAAUCAGAAAUGGAGCAAGAGCCACAAAAUGGAGAACCUGCUGAAAUUAAGAUCAUCAGAGAAGCAUAUAAGAAGGCCUUUUUAUUUGUUAACAAAGGUCUGAAUACAGAUGAAUUAGGUCAGAAAGAAGAAGCAAAGAACUACUAUAAGCAAGGAAUAGGACACCUGCUCAGAGGAAUCAGCAUUUCAUCAAAAGAGUCUGAACACACAGGCCCUGGGUGGGAAUCUGCUAGACAGAUGCAACAGAAAAUGAAAGAAACUCUACAGAAUGUACGCACCAGGCUGGAAAUUCUAGAGAAGGGUCUUGCCACUUCUCUACAGAAUGAUCUUCAGGAGGUGCCCAAGUUAUAUCCAGAAUUUCCACCUAAAGACAUGUGUGAAAAAUUACCAGAGCCUCAGUCUUCUAGUUCAGCUCCUCAGCAUGCUGAAGUAAAUGAAAACACCUCAACUCCAAGGGCAGGGGCAGUUGCUGCACCUGCUUCUCUCUCAUUACCAUCACAAAGUUGUCCAGCAGAAGCUCCUCCUGCUUAUACUCCUCAAGCUGCUGAAGGUCACUACACUGUAUCCUAUGGAACAGAUUCUGGGGAGUUUUCAUCAGUUGGAGAAGAGUUUUAUAGGAAUCAUUCUCAGCCGCCGCCUCUUGAGACCUUAGGGCUGGAUGCAGAUGAAUUGAUUUUGAUACCAAAUGGAGUACAGAUUUUUUUUGUAAAUCCUGCAGGGGAGGUUAGUGCACCUUCGUAUCCUGGGUACCUUCGAAUUGUGAGGUUUUUGGAUAAUUCUCUUGAUACGGUUCUAAACCGUCCUCCCGGGUUUCUUCAGGUUUGUGACUGGUUAUAUCCUCUAGUUCCUGAUAGAUCUCCGGUUCUGAAAUGUACUGCGGGAGCCUACAUGUUUCCUGAUACAAUGCUACAAGCAGCAGGAUGCUUUGUGGGGGUCGUCCUGUCCUCUGAGUUACCAGAGGAUGAUAGAGAGCUCUUUGAGGAUCUGUUAAGGCAAAUGUCUGACCUUCGGCUCCAGGCCAACUGGAACAGAGCAGAAGAAGAAAAUGAAUUCCAAAUCCCUGGAAGAACUAGACCCUCCUCUGACCAAUUAAAAGAAGCUUCUGGCACUGAUGUGAAACAGUUGGACCAAGGCAAUAAGGAUGUACGUCAUAAAGGAAAACGUGGAAAAAGGGCUAAAGAUACUUCAAGUGAGGAAGUUAACCUGAGUCACAUUGUACCAUGUGAGCCAGUUCCAGAAGAAAAACCAAAAGAAUUACCUGAAUGGAGUGAAAAAGUGGCUCACAACAUUUUGUCAGGUGCUUCCUGGGUGAGUUGGGGUUUAGUCAAAGGUGCUGAGUUUACUGGCAAAGCAAUCCAGAAAGGUGCUUCUAAACUCCGAGAGCGUAUUCAACCGGAAGAAAAACCUGUGGAAGUUAGUCCAGCUGUUACCAAGGGACUUUAUAUAGCGAAGCAAGCUACAGGAGGAGCAGCAAAAGUCAGUCAGUUCCUGGUUGAUGGAGUUUGCACUGUAGCAAAUUGCGUUGGAAAAGAACUAGCUCCACACGUCAAGAAGCAUGGAAGCAAACUUGUUCCAGAAUCUCUUAAAAAAGACAAAGAUGGGAAAUCUCCUCUGGAUGGUGCUAUGGUUGUAGCAGCAAGUAGUGUUCAAGGAUUUUCAACUGUCUGGCAAGGAUUGGAAUGUGCAGCUAAAUGCAUUGUUAACAAUGUUUCAGCAGAAACUGUACAAACUGUCAGAUACAAAUACGGAUAUAAUGCAGGAGAAGCUACCCACCACGCGGUGGAUUCUGCGGUCAAUGUUGGCGUAACUGCCUACAAUAUUAACAACAUUGGUAUCAAAGCAAUGGUAAAGAAAACUGCAACACAAACAGGACACACUCUCCUUGAGGACUAUCAGAUAGUUGAUAAUUCUCAGAGGGAAAAUCAAGAAGGAGCAGCAAAUGUCAAUGUGAGAGGGGAGAAGGAUGAGCAGACGAAAGAAGUAAAGGAGGCAAAGAAGAAAGAUAAAUGAUGAAGUGCUGGGAAUCACCUAUACCAAAGCCUUAUGAAAUGGAUGAAAUUUUGUUAAAUAGGCAAAUGUGGAAUUCCUCACAGAUUAACCAGUAUUUUUUAAAUGUAUUCAUUCCUACAAAUUAACUUUCAUAAAUUUUAUGGCAUGUCUUCUAUUUAAAAGGAAAAGAAUAAGUAUUCUUGCAUCUGGCCUUAGAAAUGUGAAGUUAUAUUCUCAAGUUUAUUUUUUUCCAAGUGUAGCUAAAAUAUUUUUGCAGGUAAAAUAAAGCUAGUAAUACAUGUGUUGUUCAAACCUUAUUAAACCUAAUAUUGAACUAUUUUUAUAUCUGCUAUCUUUCAGAAAGCAAAUUAGGAAACUAUAUAUUUGCUUAAAAAUUGGCAUUUAGUAACCUUAAUUCUUUUCACAGAAGGAAUGACUUAAAGUAUUGUCUCUUUUUGCACUAAUUGUGGAUUUUUUUAGAUGCUUCUCAAAAUUUUCAGUGUGUAAGCUAAACAAAAACUAAUCCUAAACUAAGAAUUCUCAAAAAGACUUGUUCAAAACAGGGAAAGACUGAUGAAAAGUAAAAUGGACUACUUGUGUAACUUACCUGUUUGUUAGAAAAUGGAAUGGUCUCUUUGAUUUAAAAUGAAUAAAAAUAGAUUAUUACGUCUUUUGUAUUGAGACUAUUGUUAUGAGCCUAGGAAAUUUGGAAACAUGAUUUGAUUGUAUUAAAAUUUGAAGUGAUUAUUAUCAGCUUAAUUGGAUUAAAAAAGUACUUCAAGAAAUUUAUUAUAUCUGCUUCUGUUUUUCCAAAAGGUUAAAACUUGUAAAAAAAUAAAAAUAAACAGGAUUGAGUUUACUAAUGGCAAACAUUUUUAUUCUGGGAUUCAGUCAUUGGAAUUUAUAUUAAAAGACAAGUGGUUAAAAAGGAAAGGUUCUAUUCAUAAUCAGGGUAAAGAAUAUGAAAACCUUAGGCGUAAUCCAUGGUGGAUAGGCAUUAUGGUUUCCACUUUGGCAGAAGGCAGACUAUUCACAGCCCUAUUUACUUACAUAGGCUAAAAAACUAUGUAACUAAAUACCUAAUGGUAUUUUAUUUUUGUUUACCUAAUUUAAGAGAUUGGUAUUAGUUUUCAUAGCUGUAGUCCAUUCUAAUAAUUUCUGAUCUUCUAGUGGCUACUUAAUUAGACAUUAUUUGAAGCUGUCUGAAGAAUGUACUUUAUGAAUUAAAAAACUCUGAAUUGCCUGACCUCAUUAUCACAUGGGCUUAUAUUUUGGGAACACAUAGAACUGAUGGAGGCUUUUCCUAAGGCCAAGGAUAAUGUACUAGUUGUUAAAAUGGAAAUAAAAGUGAAGUGGUAAAUAGCUUA